GACUCAAUCUUCUCGACAAACAAUUAUCUUUCCCUUGCUAAGUCCUUUUAGCAUAUCUAUCCUCAGCAAGCGCCCUUCCUAUCUAAAGCGCAUUCGCUGCUCUCGCAAUCAUGGGUAGGCACUGAAAUUUCUCCCUCGGUUUCCGCCUCGAUCCGAUGCGCACGAUGGAUAUCUUGCCCAGCCUUUUUACAAUGGUCAUGAUUUGGCUAACCACCUUUUGCAGCGCCGCCAAAAUCGAAAGGCCAGAAGAUGGCCCUAGGAGAGUUCCUUCAAGAUGAGAGUACGUCGCCAGACCCACCCUCUCCGCUUUGCAAGACCCUACUUGGCAGCUCUCUUUAUAUCGGUAAACAACAAGCUAACGUACCCUCCCCCCCCGGGUAGGCUUGGGAUCCCCCCCCCGGACAGGCAUGGGAUCCUGGGCUGAUGAGAUGGAGGACAUGCCCCCUGUUCGUAUGUGCAAUACUUUAUUCCCCUAUCCUUUCUCACCCCUUCAUUGUUCUCCUCUUAUCUCACUGCAUCAUCAUCAUCAUCAUCCUCUGAUUCUUUGACUGCCCCAUAGCUGGUGAGUUUGACUGUGCCCAGUUAUAUGCUCACCUCACUGGCUGUGGGCUCUCCUUCCUUUGCUUUCGGUGUGCUAAUUUUUUUCUCAUCCCCUAGAAAAUCGUUCCGGUGCUGGAUAUGGCAACCGUCGUGACUAUGGUGGAGCCAGCCUAGGCAGAAGUUGAUCUUCUACCUUCCCCUCCCUAACUGCCAUUUUCUAACCCUUAGCCUGUCUAGGUGACCGCGAGGAUCGCUACCCGCCUCGCCAGGCUAUCCCGCCCCCCGAUAAGCCCCCCUUUACUGCUCAUGUUGGGAACCUCCCCUUCGAAGUGACCGAAACGCAGAUGUCCGAAUUCUUUAGCUCCUGCCAGGUUGAGAAUGUUAGGCUUGUUCGCGAUAGAAUAGACAAUCGUCCCAAAGGGUUUGGAUAUGUUGAGUUCGAAACCAAGGAGGGCUUGAUUGCGGCUGUCGAUAUGAGCGGCCAAUUGUUCUGUGGCAGGAAUGUGAAGGUUAGCGUCGCUGAACCACGUAUGUUCCCUAGCUGUGGAUUCUUUGACAACAUCCGGCUGACACUCCUCUACAGAGAAGGAUCGUGUUGAUGACCGUACUCAAGGAGACUGGCGUCGGAGUGAUCCUCCUCCCCCUACCGACCCCCCACGGCGAGGGAGUGAGCGUAGCGACCGUCUUGGUGAUCGUUUUGGGGAAGGCGGGGAUCGUGGUGAUGACCGUACUCAAGGAGACUGGCGUCGGAGUGCCCCUCCUCCCCCUCGCCGACCCCCCACGGCGGGGGGGUGAGCGUGGCGACCGUCUUGGUGAUCGUUUUGGGGAAGGCGGGGAUCGUGGCGACCGACGCCACAGCUACAAUGAUGCAUCUGAGAGAGCGCCUCCUCGUGAAGCCCGGGAGCUCGAUUGGGGGAGAAAGACAGCUCUCCCUCCUCCUACACUCGCUGCAAGUGAACGCGGCGGUCGCCCUCGCAGCGGGGAUCGUGAGUAUAGAAGGCGUUCUCCCGCCCCGGCUAGCGAAGGGGGCCGGGGGGGUUACUACCGCGAGCGUCCACAAAUCGAGAGACAGCAAACGGCCCCCGAGAGAAAUAACUCAUGGCGUAGCGCCGCUCGCCCGGACCCCCCGGCCGUCCAAGAGCCGCCUCCUAGGAGCACUCCUGCCAGUCCUGUUGUCCCGCAUACCCGCCCUAAGCUAGAACUCAAGCCUCGAAGUGAGCAUCCCAUUGAGCCCGGACCAACUUCUGCGGCAUCUACCGGUGAAUCAUCAAAGGCAAAUCCGUUUGGCGCAGCUAGACCUAUCGAUACAGCUCAGAGGGAAAGGGAGGUCGAGGAGAGGAGAGCGGCUGCCAUUGCUGCUAGGAAGGCUAAGGAUGACAAGGCCCGUGAAGAGAAGAGGGCCCGUGAGGCUGAGAAGCAAAGCGAAGCAGGCACUCCAACCGGAAGCAACAAAAACUUUGCACUUCUCAGAAGAGCAUCAGCAGGCCCUGAGGGCGAGGGCGAAAGGGAAAAAGAAGUUAGAGUGGAGAAGAGGGAUGAAAGACCCUCCAAGGUUAUAGCGGGUAACUGGAGGGCAGCUAGGCCGGAGCCAAAGGAUAAGGAUGCCGCGAAGGGGCCCAAGCUUGACACCACCAAGGCCUCAAAUCCUGCUGCAACUGAGGAGGACACCGAUGGUUGGACUCCGGUCUCCGGAAAGCGGGGGCGCGGAAGUGCAAAUGGUACAAAGUCUCUGACGGGUUCUUAA